GCAAGAAGAAUGCGUAGAAUUAUCUUUCCAUUUCUGCUUCUAUUCUCUUUUGGUUUCUCGACUUGUGAAGUAUAUUCAGAGAUCAAAGGAUUGAAAGAUGGACAAGAGGAAAUAAAACGUAUGUUGAAAAAAGUCCUGUUCAGAUUACAAGCAAGCAACUCAAGUGCGCCAACAUCUUCUCCAGAGACUGACCAAGGAUCAUCUUCGUUCGGAACAACGAAAUGGUUCAACUCUGGAUGUUCAGUUGUAUCGGCCAGUAAAACUACUUUAGGAGACAAUGUUCGACUGCAGAUAGAAAUGUCGUUUUCCGAGCCUACGACAAUUUACUGGGGAGUUGACCAACGGCUUAUUGGAGCCAAUGAAAAGGAUUUUGGUACAACAAUGGAAACGUUAUCCAACACUACUCUAUUCACUCUGGAUGCAAAAAAGCCUGUAAGCUUUGUUAUCCUCAUGAUCCCUAGCAAAGACGAUAUGGUCACAAACAUUCGGUUUGACACUGAAGGAGAUGAUGGUAAAAUUAAAUUUGACAAUCCAAUUACCUGUCAGUCAUCAUUCUCUAAAAUCUCCGAUUCUGAAUAUGACUUCUUCUACCGUUGUAAUCCUGAACUUGAUCCUAGAAAUGGCUGGUAUAUGCAAGUUGGAAUGUUUGCCAGCGUUAGGAAUGAGCUGGUUGAAUAUAAUCAAAUUGAAUCGAAGGAAAAUAAGUAUGUAAAUGUUACCACUGAGCGAAAUUCAACGGCAAAAGCAACAGUUGUACUUUCAGAUGAAACUUUGGAGAGAGUAGGAGAUUUCCUAUUUCUGCAGAGCUCUCUUAAUAUACCUAUGGGUAGUGUAAUCAGCUCCAUAUUAUACAGAAGCUUUUAUGAUAUAAGCAUAACAAAAACAAUGAACGAAUUCAAAUUUUUGGAACCAUUCCCACAGCCACCGUUUUUGGAAGGAGAUAUGGUACCAGUUAAUUGCGAAGCACUUGGAAGAAAUCCUCCACCCAUACAAGUGGAAAGAAAUGGUGCUGAGAUAAGUUCAUCACAAACCGUCUAUGUUUUCGAAGAUACUACAAAGUUUUGGUCCUCAUCUUCCGUUACUUUCCUUCAUGCAUCAAAGGAAAUAGAGGGCAACUAUUCUUGUGUUAUAGAGAAGGAUGGCGAAAAACUUAUUUCUCCAAUGCACGUUGAAGUAAAACUAAAACCAAGAUUGCGCUGGGAUCUAACCAAGAUACUGAAAAGCAAACAAAAUCAGACUCGUGUACGUGUUGUUGUGGAAGGAGCAAAUGGUGUUACGUUGGACUGCAGUGAUAACUCCUGGUCAGGAAAAGAGAAUCCUCCUGUUCACAACGAAAAGAGAACAAAAAUAUCAGAGUGGAAUGAACGGUUAGAAGUAAAGUAUACAUGGAGGAAAAUGAACAUUAUUCCGGAUGAAUUCAACUAUUCGUCGGAUUCUCCGUCUCUUUCUUGCAUCGCAAAAGACAAAAACGGCGACUUGACAUUCGAACACACUUUCUGGCAGUAAUGUUUAAAAAAAACAGUCAUUUUAAAGCAUGAAUAUUUUGUUUUAUUAUUGAUUGAAUUCUUUCAUCAGGCAUGUUUACUAGAGAUUUAAUUUUUUCAAGAAUAAAACAUAAAAAUACCUAUAAUGGAAUUGAAACGUCUGAUGUAACAUUUCAUUAUGUACAUGCAAUAAAAAAUUUCAUAGAG